UCUCCUUGUAGUCUCGCCGCCAUUGCGCCAUUUGGAUUUCAAUGGUUUUUACGUUGCAUAAAGGCUGGCUAAUUUUCCGUCGGCGUUUUAUUUUGAAAUGUUUAAAAUAAUUGCAUACACAAAUACAAAUAACAUUUAGGCACCACGGUCGUCCUUAGUGAUGAUCCACCUGUCUUAAAUCUGAAGCUAAACAAACAUGAGACUCGAGAAGAGCAAAACGAAAGUAAAGACGAAGGGAAGCGAGUCCCAAUCCACUGUCACAACUCUAGGAAGUCAGGAUGAGAUGAGUACCUCGUCAAAACGGUUCCGUAUGGCCCGUACAACGUCAGAGAUGCAGCCCGCUGUCCCCAAAACCGAGAACCCCAGGGGUUAUAGGUACAGCAUCACAGGUACCCUCGUUGGGGAAAAGGAAGGAUCCCGCAGCCGAAAAUCCGAAGAUACGAGUUCUAUUAUAAGUCGGUUGCCUAUGAUGAGUUUGACAAAUGAGCCACCUAUGCUACUUCCAUACCCAACUCAUGGAUUAUUUCCCAAAUUACAUAAAGCUAAAAUUCUUGUUUGGUCUGAUCUAUCAGUGGAUGCUGUAGAUAGAUUGAAUGAAUCCCUCAAUGUCGAUCAUAUCAAACAAGUUUUGGCAGAGAUUUUUAGGCUAGAAGGCUGGAAAGACAAUUUGAAAACAGGGAUCAUCAUGGAUUUAUAUUACUACACAUUGCAGUUUGCUAGAGAGCAGGGGUUUUCAAAAGAAAAACAAUCCACAUUUUUCUCCAUAAUAAAAAACAUAUUUGAAGUUUGCAUUGAAACACCAUUUGGCAAUUUAGACCAUACAUUCCAGUACUUUAAAGACCUCCUUCAUUGUCAUGCAGUAAAUCAUCCUCCAUACAGUAUUGAGCUUUUCACACCCAAUGAAGCCAGGAAAAUUUCAGAAUAUACUAUCAAUACAUUUUUCAGGCAUUUUAAGAUGUACAAAUAUGCCUUCACAGCACAGGUACGAUUAGAUCUUCACAUUUCAUAUCAAGGGAUGGCUUCACCUCCACCAUCUGAAGUUUCUACAGCCUUGAAGGAAGAGAGUCAGCUCUUAGAAGAUGAAACUCUUGGUGAACUGGAGACAGAAAAAAUUGUGGAAGAUAACGAUGAGCAACUGAUCGCAGCAAAAGAGGAAUUUAAAAGUAUCGUCAGGAAUUUUCUCACACAAGAAGCUAAAAAGAUAGAAGGUAGAGUGGAGGAUCAAAUCAAAGCUGCAGUUGACACACUAAACAACAAAAUAGAUCCAAUGAUUGGCAAACCUGAUGCUAAAGUAGUCAAGAAGAAAUAGGUCUAUAUGCUAUUGAAUAUUUCUGUUUUUUUCAAUGAGUAAGUAGGUACUUAUACAAUGAAAUACUACAGGCAAGAUGCGUAACUACAAAAUGGAAUAAUAAUCUUAAAUAAAAUAAUUAACCGAUACUAUUUUCGUCAUGUAGUGAUUAUUUCAAGUUUAUUGCACAAAAUUAAACAUAACAUUAUACAACUUUUUUUAAUCACAGAAAUUUGAUACGUAAGAGUAUUAUACAAGAAAACUAUUAGUUCAAAACAAUGAAAUUUUUUAAAUUUAAAUGUUAACUACUAGGUUU